CCGAAUACUCAGGGACGUGCUCAGUUUUACUCGGUGAUCAAAAAGCGGCAAGAGGUGAGCACUAAAAUAGAAAGGCAAAGGUCUCGAGUGCCAGGCAUUAUCCGGUACAUAUGUACUCCGUACGGAGUACUUCUUGAAUGUUUACUCCGGACAGAUCACAACUCCUCCCCCCGCUCCUCGAGUUACUCCUCUUCCUCCACACUUUUAGCUCCUUCAACCAUCUCCAUGUCGCUUUCUUGGAUUUAA